AUGAGGCCCAACCAGAACUACGUGCUGGCCAAUGCGCGACCGGAUUCGCUUCCCACUCAAACGGGCGCCUUCAUCUCGGUGAUCAGCUGCUCUGUCAUCGUCUUCUCCUUCCUCUGGAAACGCAAGUGGCGACGUCACCCGAACCCGAUCAUCUACUGGAAAGCCGUCGUCGACUUGCUCUAUGCGCUGCGCUUCCAGUACAACUGGGACGUGUACACAAAUCCGCUGGGCUGCCGUGCACUCGCCACGCUCACGCAGUUCUGCAUCUUCUCGUCCGAGUGUUGGUUCCUCUGUAUGUCCUUCAAUCUGUACCAGUGCUCCACCAACCCGUUCACAAAUCUCAAGCACAAUUUGCAGUGGUAUCACGCCUUCUCGUGGACUGUCGGAGCUGUGUUCGCAGCUCUGUUGUGGCUCUCAAGCGUCCAGUUCGAUCCCAAGAUCCACCCGUCCUGCUUCGUCGACGAGACGGUCCCUAACGAACUUUUUGUCUACUACGUCGUGGUCAUUCUAGCUGUUCUAUGCGCAGUAAUCUUUGCUGUACUGGAGACACAGACUCAUCCAUUCAGAGGCAUGAAGGAGGCGCUGGAGGCCAAGAAAGACGUGAUUCGCAGCGCCAGGAUCUUCACGGUGGCCUAUAUCAUCUACCAGAUCAUCCUCAUCUCUUUCUGGCUUGCAGACGUGCUGUUUCUCGGUAACCACCCGCGAGCUCUUCAUCUAGUGCGUGAUGCGUCGUCUUUCCUCCAAACUGCCAAGGGUUUGAUUGAUUUGAUCAUCUGGGUGGCAAUUAACGGCCUGGAUUGUCGUGCUGGUCGAUUGCGCGAUACAUUUGACAGUGAUCGAUACAGCGAUAUCGACAUUGAUCUUCAACCUCAGCUUAAUGUCGCACUACGGAAGGAAGUGCUUCACUUCACGACGAGAGGAAUUGUUGCAGCCUCGUCAAACACUCCCAUGGUUACUGACGGUCGACGUGUGGUACAUCUCCGUUUGCAUGAGCUGGGUAUGACCGUAUGCUUCGACGACUAUAGUCCAGCCUCGUUUCGCGACAUUCGACAAGGUUUCGGUAUCAAUGAGACACUGUACAGGAAAGCAUUUCUGGCGACGUGUCAUGAGCGGCUCCAGUCGGGUGGAUCCAGCGGCGCGUUCAUGUUUUACACAGCUGAUUAUGCUUUCUUGGUGAAAUCAGUGACAACCAGCGAGCGCAACGUGUUGUUGGAUAUGUUACCGGCGUACAUCAGACAUAUGAAGCAGAAUCCUGACUCUCACCUGACGCGGUUCUACGGUUGUCACUCUAUCGAGAUGUACGGCCAGGUUUUUAGCUUCGUGGUGAUGGGAAACGUUAUUGGGCGAACAAGCAUGCAUCAGUUUUUCGACAUCAAGGGGUCCUGGGUUGAUCGCAACGCUCCGGCGAUUCCUCCUGGGAAAACUGUCAUCUGCACGUACUGCAGCAACGCGUUCCAGUAUGGCACGAACGAGAGCUGCGAGUACAGCAUCCGUGGUAACCAUCUGCCCCACAUCGUGUUGAAAGACAACGAUUUUCACCGGAAAUUGCGCGUGGAGUCGGAAACAGCUGCGGCUCUUGUCCGCCAACUUGAAAAUGACAGCAACUUCCUGCGCGAUCAAGGAAUCAUGGACUACAGUUUAAUGCUGAGUGUGCACAACACGAAGUACGUUGUGGAACACUCGAUCGAUAGCAGGAAGCCGUCUCCGACAAAGCGUAAAGUGAGCUACCCAGUGUGCCACCCAGAAAGCAACGAUUCCUUUUUGUCAAUCGUAACAAAUGGCCCAGACCAGACGGAAGUAUCUAGCGACGAGGACUUGGCCGAAGUUGAGUCAGGGAACCGGAGAAAGUUCAACCGAAACUGUCGGUUCUCUAUCGUGGGCCUGUGUGAUGACAACAGCAUAACUAUUCAAGACAGCACCCCGCUCCUCAGUCGUUCUACGCAUCGCUACAAUUCCGUAUCAUACGGACCAGUCGAUAUGGCGUCCCGCACAGUUGACGACUCAAAAUGGAUCGGCACAAGAACUCUGGAAAAACGUGGCUACCAGGCCUGUGUUGUAGUUGGCCCGGACUUCUACACACUGGGAGUUGUGGAUAUGCUGCAAACGUGGACGUGGAGCAAGCGGCUAGAGCGUCUGUGGAAGACGCUUGUGCUGCGCCAUGACGGCCUGGGCAUUUCAGCAGUUCCACCCAGAUUGUACGCUGAGCGUUUUCAGCGAAAAAUGCGGGAUAUCUUAAUGGUUUCGUCGGCAUCGGUUAGUCUUGACUCCAACUAG